AUGUCUCCAUUGCAAAAAAAUUACCAUACUGGUAAGCCGGAUUACGAAAGUGCAAUUGACCGGAAUGCUCCGGACUUCCCUGUAGCCCAGGUGUUGGACGAAGACAGGUAUUUUAAUACCCACACACCUCCAAGUUACUUGCCAGAGAUCGAAGAUCAAUUGAAUGAAUUUGUAGACUUCCAUGUUAAAACCACUGGCAAAAAAGUUGCAUUGGUCACCAGUGGAGGUACUACUGUUCCGUUGGAAAACAAUACCGUGAGAUUCAUCGACAACUUUAGUGCUGGAACAAGAGGUGCUACGUCGGCAGAAUACUUUUUGGAGAAUGGAUACGCAGUGAUCUUCUUACACAGAGAGUUCUCUCUCUUGCCAUACUCCAGACACUACAGUCACACUACGAAUUGCUUCUUGGAUUACAUGAUUGAGAAGGAUAACAGAGUUGAGAUCAAUCCUGAAUUCGCUGACCAAAUGCUCGUGGUGUUGCGCAAGUAUAAUGAAGCCAGAAGCUCCAAUUCGCUUCUUCUUCUUCCUUUCACGACUGUUAAUCAGUAUCUAUACACGUUGAAAUCGGUUGCUACGAUCUUGCAGAAAUUAGAUUGCAAUGCCUUGUUCUACUUAGCUGCAGCAGUUUCAGAUUUCUUCCUUCCAUCUUCUAGAAUGCCAAAGCACAAAAUCCAAGCCCAACCCAGCGGAAAGUUGGUGGUGGACCUUGAACAAGUACCUAAGUUUUUAAGAAGAUUGGUGGACAACUGGGCUCCACAAGCCAUGAUCGUGUCGUUCAAACUCGAAACCGAUAGCAAUAUUUUGAUUAAGAAAGCCAGUGAAGCUUUGACCCGCUACCAACACCAACUUGUGAUUGGUAACUUGCUACAAACUCGUAAAGACGAAGUUGUUUUUGUCAAACCUGGUGGAGAACAGAAUUGGGUUAAACUCACGGAAGACCAGAAGAAGAAGAAGGUCGAAAUCGAGAGCCUCAUCAUUCCUGAAGUCUUGAAAGAACACCAAAAAUGGAUAGCUGCCUAUGCUAAAACUCACUCAACCAAAUAG